UGUUUGCACUUAAUGGGGGUCUGAAUAUGAAUGAUUAAGAUUUCAGUCCAUUAAUUACAUUUAAUUUUUUUUUAAAAUAAUCUAUUAAUAGGUCUGGUAAUGUCUGAUUCUGUCAGAUGAGUGGAAGAUUAUGAACACUAUUCAGACUCCUUUUAAAGCCCUAUUUUAUUUCCCCAAAAAUCUCUGUCGUUUUUUUUCUCUCUAUUUACGCCUGAAGCCUCUCUCUUUCUCCAACAGCUCGGCUCUAUCUCUCUUUCUCCAACAACGCUACUCUCUCUUUCUCCGUUUCUUCAAGUAACAGUUGGCUAAAAUUCUUUGCUCUACUGAUACUGAUGGUACAAGCUAGCGAAAAUUCAAGAGUGACUUGGAGAACUGAGGUAGUAAAAACUUUUUUAGAAACUUGUAUUCAAGAAGUAUCGUUGAAUGGAAGACUUGGAAGUAGUUUGAAGCCAAAUUCAUGGAACAAGGCUAAGGUUGUUCUUGAGACUUCUCAUGACUUUGUAGUCACACAAAAGAAGAUGAAGAACUAAUAUGAUUAUCUAAAAGAAAAAUAUCAAGCUUGGUUGUCAAUAACUAAAAAAACUUGCAAUGUUUAUGAUCCAACAACCAAUACUAUUCGAAUGUCUAAUGAGGAGUGGGAUGAGUACAUAAAGGCUCAUCCAAAGGCCAAGACAUUGAGGAGUGCACCUCUACCCUUUCUGGAACUUUGUACAACAUUAUUUGAGGGUUCUACUACAAUAGGCAUUCAUGGUUGGAGUCCAAGUUGUACAACUCUGCGGCCUGGUACCUCUUCUGUGUCUACUAAUAUAGAUAUAGAUUCACUUGAUGACAUUGAGGAUCUACUUGGUGAUAAAAAUGAUGGAGCUUCUAAGGAUUCUCUAUCUCAAUCUUCAAUUCCGAUUGAAAACAAGAAUUUAGGAAAGAAAAGAAAAAACACAACGUCCCGAUUGGCAAUUGAUGAGAAGAUGAAUGCUGCAUUGGAGUUAUUGAUUAACAAAAAAAAUGCGCCUGGCGAAGAAGAAUGUAUCAAAAUUUUAGACGGACUUGAAUGGGGAGAGCCAUUGUACUCUGCAGCUCUUAGUAUAUUUUGUGAAGGUGCUAGCUACAAGAAAACAUGGAUGAAACUGUCAGGGGUUAACAAAUUAGAGAACUAUGUCAGAACCAUGGGGGAAAAAUGGGAAUUCUUUGAUUUUGCUGAUUAGCUAGUAUUUAUAUUAGAUGCAGGUUUUAUGGAAUAUCGUCUUUAUUUGUUUUGAAUUUAAUUUCUGGAACUUUUGGUACUAUAUUAUGCUUAUGGAACAUACUUUAUUGGUGAAAUGCA